GAUUAGAAGGACGCAUUGCAUCGCAUGCAAAAGACAGGACUAGACAAGGUGAAGAUGGGCAAGUGGGUCCCUCCCUUAACACCACACCAUACCAUGUUUAGUUUUCCAACCAAAAACGUUGCCUUUGAUUUCUUUUCUCUUUAGCUGCUUCUUUUGUCUCUCCAAACUAACAUCCAGAUUGCUCUGUUACUGUGAAUCAAAAGGCCUUCUUUCCUCAUUUCGGACGCACGCUCCCCAUCCAUGUCUACUUGUGUAAAAUCCCGAGAUGUUUGUAUUGUUGGUGUUGCACGGACGCCAAUAGGUGGUUUACUUGGCACCCUAUCAUCUCUUUCUGCCACAGAGUUAGGCUCAAUUGCUAUUAAGACUGCUCUCAAGAGAGCAAAUGUUGAUCCAUCACUCGUGCAAGAGGUGUUUUUUGGGAAUGUUCUUAGUGCCAAUUUAGGGCAGGCUCCUGCCAGACAGGCUGCAUUAGGUGCAGGAAUUCCUACAUCUGUAAUCUGCACUACUAUUAACAAGGUCUGUGCAUCAGGGAUGAAAGCUACCAUGCUUGCAGCACUCACCAUACAAUUCGGUCUCAAUGAUGUUGUUGUGGCUGGUGGUAUGGAAAGCAUGUCAAAUGCACCUAAGUACAUUGCGGAGGCCAGGAAAGGGUCUCGGUAUGGACAUGAUACCAUCAUUGAUGGUAUGGUCAAAGAUGGCCUUUGGGAUGUCUAUAAUAACUUCGGCAUGGGAGUAUGUGCCGAACUAUGUGCAGAUCAGCAUGUCAUAACAAGAGAUGAGCAGGACUCUUAUGCCAUUCGAAGCUUUGAGAGAGGAAUAUCUGCUCAAAAUGCUGGUCAUUUUGCUUGGGAGAUAGUUCCGGUUGAAGUUUCCACUGGAAGAGGGAGGGCUUCCAAAAUUGUUGAUAAAGAUGAAGGCCUGGGGAAGUUUGAUGCUGCAAAGUUAAGGAAGCUUAGACCAAGCUUUAAAGAGGUCGGGGGUUCUGUGACUGCUGGCAAUGCUUCUAGCAUAAGUGAUGGUGCUGCUGCAUUAGUGCUAGUGAGCGAAGAGAAGGCACGUGAGCUUGGAUUGCAUGUAAUUGCAAAGAUAAAAGGAUAUGGGGAUGCAGCUAAGGCGCCUGAAUUAUUUACAACUGCUCCUUCCCUUGCAAUACCAAAAGCUAUAUCAAAUGCUGGUCUUGAUGCUUCUCAAAUAGAUUAUUAUGAAAUAAAUGAAGCUUUUUCGGUUGUAGCUCUUGCAAAUCAGAAGCUUCUUGGUCUUGAUCCUGAAAAAGUUAACGCGCACGGUGGAGCUGUGUCAUUGGGGCAUCCCUUGGGUUGCAGUGGAGCUCGCAUCUUAGUUACAUUAUUAGGGGUAUUGAGGCAGAAGAGAGGGAAGUAUGGUGUUGCCGCCAUCUGCAAUGGGGGAGGAGGAGCAUCUGCUCUUGUUCUUGAGCUCAUGCCGGUUGCUGUGGGACGUUCUUUAUUAUGACAAAGAUCUCCUUACAUCAUACUACUUUGCAACACUUGUACUUUUUUUUUUUUAAAUAACAAAACAUGUAAUAAGUUUAGUCAUCAACAAAGUUUGAAUGGUACUGGAUUCGGUCUCUUUAAGCAAAGUCUCGAUAAGUCUUGUGGAUGAAAAAAAAUGUGAUUUUGAGAAAAUAUCAAUCAAAUUUUUUGAUGGAGAUUAGUUAUCAACAAAAUUGAUAGAUGUUCCACACUAAUACCAUGGUGGCAAAAAAAAUUGUAAUCUGUUCGGUCAAAGGAAAAAAAUGAUCUUUAGUAAAGCUCCA